AAGAGAACUAACAAAAUUUCAAUACUAUAUAUUUAAAAUGUUUACUGCAAAAACAAUAAAAACAAAAUAAUGAUUGAAAAGAAAUGUCAUCACGCAAAACCUUAAAGGUACUAUCGAUGUCGUGUCCUCUUCAUUUACAUCAAAUAGUUCCCACAGUUUCACAUCAAUUUAACUAUUUUCACAGUUUUUCUCUCUCACACUCUCUUACCUACGCAUAAUACUAUAUUAGUACCAUUACUCAUCUCUCUUUCACCACCAAACACCUCUGCAUAUCCUCUCUACUACUGUCUCUCUCUCUCUGUCACUCCGAAAAAUGUUAGGCAACCAUUACUCAAGAGACAUCCACCACAACACUCUCUCCCUGCACCCUCAUCAAAACGACACCGCAUCACAUAAAGAGUCCUUGUUCGAGAAAUCACUCACACCAAGCGACGUGGGAAAGCUAAACCGUUUAGUCAUACCAAAACAACACGCCGAGAAAUACUUGCCUCUCAACAAUGGAGGCGGUGAGGUGACGUCUGAGACGACUGAGAAAGGGAUGCUUCUUAGCUUCGAGGACGAGUCAGGCAAGUGUUGGAAGUUCAGAUACUCGUAUUGGAACAGCAGUCAAAGCUACGUCUUGACCAAAGGAUGGAGCAAGUACGUCAAAGACAAGCACCUCGACGCAGGGGACGUUGUUUUCUUCCAACGUCACCGUUUCGAUUUCCAUAGACUCUUCAUUGGCUGGCGGAGACGCGGCGAGGCUUCUUCUCUUUCGGCCGUGUCUCAAGAGGCUAGAGUUAACACGACGGCGUACUGGAGCGGCUUGACUACACCUUAUCGCCAAGUAGAAGCGUCAACUAGUUCUUAUCCUAACAUUCACCAAGAGUAUUCACAAUAUGGAGCGGUCGCUGAGACACCGACGGUGGUUGCAGGGACCUCGAGGACGGUGAGGCUAUUCGGAGUUAACCUCGAAUGUCACGGUGACGUCGUUGAGCCACCACCGUGUUCCGACGGCUACAACGGCCAGCACAUUUACUAUUAGUCAACUCCUCAUCCCAUGGUGUUGGUUUCCUGAAACAGAAUAUCUCAUUUGCUGAGGAAACAAUGGAGCAGGUUGGAGAUGGACGAGGUUGAUGAUAUCCAAAGAGAAGUGACAACUUUUUAGAUCUUGACGUUAGGUUUUGGGCCCCUACUUGGCGCAAUUAUUGUCAUAGAGAAAACACCACAAAAGGAAGAGAACUAAUACCAGUGUGACUUCCUUAUGUAUUUAUAACUAUUGACAAAAAAAAAAAGUAUCUACUAUCUACUAUUCAACUAAUUUGAAAACAAGAAAAAUUAAGAGGAGCUUUUUCAUACAACUGAGGCAUGGGGCAAAAAAUGUUAAUAAGUGUUUAUUAGUUGAUUCCUAAUCUGAGAUAAAUUCAGUGAAGCUUGCAAAAAAUCAUUUAUGUGCAUGUAUAUUGAAUCAAUGAUGAAUAAAGCUGGUUUUGGGAAAUGCUGAGAUUCAUGGGAUGAGAUUACAAGAAGAAAAGAGUGUGGGCCUAACAAAUGAUUAAAGCAGAGGGCAUAGCAUAAAAGUGUGGACGGAAUAUCUGGCUCAUUUCUACAAGAUGUUUUGACAAAAUGAGUCUAGGUUCCUAUUGUUUCUUUGCGUUUACAUUUGCGUUUGUGUUUCUGUUACUAUUUCUUUUAUAACACUGUAACGCGAUUCCAAAUGUAAACGAAAGCGAUAAGAUCAGGAAUAGAAUCCACUAUUCUCUCUC